AUGGGAGACGACAACACGAUUAUACGCACAAAGGAAUUCACACCACCAACCAUCCAAUGUCCCAUACUGAACGCUACAAACUAUACGGUAUGGAGCAUGAGGAUGAAAGUCUUACUGAAGAUCUAUAAAGUUUGGGAAACCAUCGAACCUGGCAUGGAGGAUAUAGACAAGAACAAUAUCGCGAUUGGAUUACUGUUUCAAGCAAUCCCGGAGGCUAUGAUACUGCAAGUCGGCGAGCAAGAGACUUCCAAAGGGAUAUGGGACGCGGUCAAAGCACGCAACGUAGGAGCUGAUCGUGUCAAAGAAGCGCGUCUACAAACCCUCAUGACCGAAUUCGACAGGAUCAAGAUGAAAGACUCAGACACUAUAGAUAGCUUCUCGGGGAAGUUGUCAGAGAUGGGGUCUAAAUCAGCGGCACUUGGAAAGAUCAUUGAAGAAAAUAUUCUAGUAAAGAAAUUCUUAAAUAGUCUACCAAGGAGCAAGUACAUACAGAUCACAACAUCUCUCGAGCAAGUUUUGGAUUUAAAUACUACUCCGUUUGAAGAUAUAAUCGGGAGAUUGAAAGCUUACGAAGAAAGAAUUCUUGAUGACGAUCAAGAUGCACAAGGAAAGCUCUUAUAUUCAGAUUCAUAUCAACAAAACAAUGGAGCUCGAGGGAGAGGCCGUGGUCGUGGAGGAAGAGGAUACAGAGGAUGA